AUGGCGAGAGAUUUCAUCAAACGGUCGUUCGAAUCUCAAACUGGCCUUUUGAAAAAGGGAUUUCAUACUACAACUUCUCAGUUUCUACCAAAGCAUUUGGCUAGCCAAUCUUUUCAUUGUAAACCACAAAUCCACACUAAAAUGGUCAUCAAGACUGACGUUUGUUUGUUCUCUGGUUACAAGAUCUACCCAGGUCACGGAGUUAGAUAUGUUCCUUGUACCAACGUUCAAAGUACUAGACCUGUCUUCACUUUCGUCUCAAAGAAGUCUCUUCAUCUUUUCUUGAUUAGAAGAAAUCCAAGAGAAAUCAGAUGGACUCAACUUUACAGAAGACAACACAAGAAGGGAAGCGUUGAACAACUCAAGAAGAACAAGAAGAGAAGAGUUGCCAGAGUUGAAAGAGGUAUUGCAGGUGCUUCUCUUGAAUUCAUCAAGGCUCAAAAGAAUCAAACUCAACAACAAAGAGAAAAGAUCAGAGCUUCAACAAAGGAGGCUCAAAAGAAGCAAAACAAGACUGAGCAAUCCGGAAGAAAGGAACAACAAAAGGCCCAGAAGCAAAUGAUGAAGGCUCAAAUGCGAAGCAAGAACGUUAAGGCUCCAACUGCCACUUCCAAGUAA